CUUGGCUGGCCGUGGAGGGAGUGAGGCCGGUCCGUCUUGAGGCUCAGAAGUCGGGGUCGAGGGUCUCUGGACUCAAGUGCUAGAUGACACAUAACUGAGUUGCUCUAAGGACUAAUGCCUAAACUGACUCAGCAUGGCCUAUCAAGGAGGAGGUGGGCAUGGCCACAGUCCCUCAGCUGCGCUCCACCACGUUAGCCCUGGAAAUCUUGUCACAUGUAGAACUGGGACUCAUAAUAUAUGCAUGGUGUCGGACUUUUUCUACCCAAAUAUGGGCGGCGUGGAAAGCCACAUUUACCAGCUCUCUCAGUGCCUGAUUGAAAGAGGACACAAGGUCAUAGUUGUCACCCAUGCUUAUGGAAAUCGAAAAGGCAUCCGUUACCUCACUAAAGGCCUCAAAGUCUAUUACUUGCCCCUGAAAGUUAUGUACAACCAAUCUACAGCCACAACCCUCUUUCACAGUCUGCCAUUGCUCAGGUACAUAUUCGUUCGGGAGAGAGUCACAAUAAUCCACUCACAUAGUUCCUUUUCCGCCAUGGCCCAUGAUGCUCUCUUCCACGCCAAGACAAUGGGGCUCCGUACAGUCUUCACGGAUCAUUCCCUUUUCGGAUUUGCUGAUGUCAGCUCGGUGCUUACAAACAAGCUUCUAACUGUAUCUCUUUGUGACACAAACCACAUAAUUUGUGUCUCUUACACUAGUAAGGAAAACACUGUGCUAAGAGCAGCACUGAAUCCUGAAAUAGUGUCCGUCAUUCCUAAUGCUGUAGAUCCUACUGACUUCACUCCAGACCCAUUUAGAAGGCAUGAUAGUAUAAUAACUAUUGUUAUUGUCAGCAGACUUGUUUACAGAAAAGGUACCGAUUUGCUUAGUGGUAUAAUACCUGAACUCUGUCAGAAAUAUCAAGAUUUAAAUUUCAUAAUUGGGGGAGAGGGACCAAAGAGAAUAAUUUUGGAAGAAGUACGGGAAAAAUACCAGCUACAUGACAGAGUGCGUCUCUUGGGAGCCUUAGAACACAAGGAUGUUAGAAAUGUCUUAGUUCAAGGACAUAUUUUUCUUAAUACUUCCCUUACUGAAGCAUUCUGCAUGGCAAUUGUGGAAGCAGCCAGUUGUGGUUUACAGGUUGUAAGUACCAGGGUUGGUGGAAUUCCUGAAGUACUUCCAGAUAACCUUAUUAUUUUAUGUGAGCCUUCUGUAAAAUCUUUGUGUGAGGGAUUGGAAAAAGCUAUUUUCCAACUGAAGUCCGGAGCAUUGCCCGCUCCAGAAAAGAUCCAUAACAUAGUAAAGACGUUCUACACCUGGAGGAAUGUUGCAGAGAGAACUGAAAAAGUGUACAACCGUGUGGCAGGAGAAACUGUGUUACCAAUGGACAGACGACUGGACAGACUCAUCUCUCACUGUGGCCCAGUAACAGGCUGCAUAUUUGCUUUGUUGGCUGUAAUUAACUUUCUCUUUCUCACUUUCCUGAGAUGGAUGACGCCAGAUUCUAUCAUUGAUGUUGCAGUUGAUGCCACGGGGCCAAAUGGUGCCUGGACUCAUCAACAGCCUAAUAGUAGAAAACAGGGCAAGAAUAAUGAGAUGUCUAAAACCAGGUAGAAG